AUGUUCAGCCGAGUCAUCCUGCGCCGGAACGACCCGGCCAGCGGCCGGUCCUCGCCCGACGAUAUCGAGAACCAGCCCCUCUCUCCUCGAGGAGACCCGUCUGACUCGCUCGAGCCCGAGAUGACGGAGCGGCAGGAGGGUGGUUUCUCACGACUAGGCAUCCGACGACCAAGCGUGCCCUCGAGGUUUAGGUUCUCGAGCAGCACGCAAGCAACGAGUGCCAACGGCACGGAAUGGCCAGGCACACGCACUGCUCGAGCCUCCCGGUCGAAUACCGUCCCGAGGCCGAGCAGCAGCCAUUAUCCCGAGGAGGAAGAUGACGAAGAUCUGGAGAGGCAAUCCCGCCCGAGAGACUCGACGCUGCCCUCCAGAUACAGCAUCAUAGUGGAUUUACCGAGCACGAGGUUGCAUCUUCCGAUGCUUCAGAGGACGUGGACGCAGGGAUCCAACGGCCCACCAACGUCGAGGCCGCUUCCCCACGAGAUCCACCCCGCCUUGCGGCCGUCUCCGGAUGAGGUGUGCAGGCCAACCGGGCCAGCUCUGCCGACCGUCACGGUCACCGAGCCCGCACCUGUCGCGCGGCCCACUGGCGGUGAGGCGGGCCAGCUGUUUGGCGAAAUUGGACGACCUCGUGGCGGCGGCGGAUUCCACGCCCCAGACCCAGCAGAGUCGAGCCUCGCCGACUUGGCGGGCGACGGGCGACGGAGACGACGCCCGAGAGACGGAAGCGGAAGUGACCGCAGCCGAAGACAUCGGCACCGCCGGCACCGGGAUCGCCUAGAGGUACCCGGUAGCUCUGAAGGCGGUAGUUCUGGGGGCAGUGAGAGGCGUCGGAGAAGGAGGCGGCGUAUUCGGGAUGUCGAGGACGGUGACGGUGAUAGCGACAGACCUCAGCCGAAACACUUCCUCUUCUGCUUCCCGUGGAUCAAGAGCCGGAAGGUCCGGUCGCAGAUUUUGCAGUGCUUUAUUUCGGGGACGUUUUUGGUGUCCUUGCUCGCAGUCUACCUGGCCCUGUCCCUGACCAAGAACAUCAACAACAGCGAGUUCACGGUCCUGCUCAUCCUCAUCAUCCUGUUCGCCACCAUCUUCUUCUGCCAGGGCCUCAUCCGCCUGUGCCUGCUCAUCCUGCGGCCCAAGCGCUCCUCGGACGAGGAGCGCCGGAACGCGCUGAGGCAGAUGUAUGGCCCCGGCGGGUACGCGAUCCCGCGGCAGCCGAUCCGCGUCGUCCUCGCGCGCGACGAGGAGGCCGCGGGCAUCGAGAGCGAGACGACCAAGAUAAAUCCGCCUGCCUACGGGCUGUGGAGGGAGAGUGUGCGCGUCGACCCCAACCGCAUCUACUGGGAGCGCAACACCGAGGUGCCCGCCGUGCCCGAAGAGCAGCACGAGAUGGCGCGCGCCGGCUCCUCGGCCGACGACGACAGCAGCGACGACGCGAGCACGUCCGGCGACGAAGGGUCCUCGCGGCCCCGCGGCCAGCGCCGCCCGCCCUCGUACGCGUCCGAGGACGGGGUCGCGUACGUGAUCGAGGCGCAGCCGCGGUCCAUCGCGCCGACGGCCGAGGUCCCGCUGCCGGUGCACCCUUCCGAGGCGGGGAGGGUGGCCGCCGCGCCCGGGUUUUAA